AUGAUACUGAUGAAGUCUGCUGUGUUCCAGACCCUGCGGACCCUGCUGGGGGAGGAGCUGGCGGACUUUCUGGAGUCGGAGGAGCGGGAGCAGCGGCUGGAGGAUGUGCGCUCACGGAUACGGUUACUGCGGGAUUUACGCGUGGACACCCGGGCCCGGGGCAUGUGGGCUCGGCUCCUCAACGACCACCCCGUGCCCCGCAGACACAAAUCUGGGAAUAAAAAAGCUGGAUCCUCAUCGAGGAGCGGCUGCUUCGGACACAAGAUGGACAGGAUAGGAACCCUCAGCGGCAUGGGCUGUUAG